UUUUCGAAGAGGGGGGAUAUGUGUGAUGCAGUCUGAGUUUUGGAGUGGUCUUCAAAGUCUCUUCUUUCAGGUUACAAUGUUUAUUUAAGACGUAAUGAAGUUGAACAAGAACAAAAAAGGCAAAGGCGCGCCUAAAAGGAUAAUAAUAAAUACAUUUUACAAUUUGCAGUAGGUACAUGGUGCUAGAGCCUCCCCAAAGAGGUAGCUAUCGGUCUAACUUUGUAGCAAAGUUUCUUUUGCGGACUUGGUGAAAUAGGGCAAGACUGUAUGUCGGCGGGAUUUUGACAUAAUGAUAAAAGGAGUCUGUCAAAAUUGUUGUUGAUUCCGAUACCAGGGAUAGAAGCAGUGGCGAUGGAGGGGUGGAAGUCAAUAAUAUUGAGGGCUUGGCCCAAUGGUGCCAGCGCAAGGCCCACUUGUUGCGAGGCCAAAAAGUGAGUGGUUGAUUAUUAUCAAAGCGGUUAGGGCCGGAAUCAGUUCGGAGUUUAAAAUUAGCGCCUACAAGUUGGGGCAAUUUUUUUGGUUGGGCGUAUUUAUUUUUAAGGGCCAGUUUUUCCGAACUGUUCAAGCUGUUGGCUACAUAAUGUGUCCAACGACUAGCGAGAGCCGUGUGCAAGGCCAACUCGGUAGUUGGUGUUUUGAGGGAUCGGCGCCAGGUAUGGGCAAGAUCUCCUCUUCUAGAGCCGGAUCUUGGACCGCUAAAAUGGGCGAGUCCGGUUCUGUCUCCGCACGAGAGGCUGAGCCCGCUUCUGGCUCCGAGCGAGACGCUGAGUCCGCUGGUUUCUAUCGCGCAGGUUCGGAGCGUUUUAACUCGCUGGUGUAACCGACGCUCGCACCUGUGUAUUGGGCUGCGUUAAGGUAAUGUCAGACACAGCUAAUUUUGCAGCGCAACUUUUUGGUUGCCGCUGCAAAAGGUGCAUGUCGUGUUCACACAUAUACGAUCAAAAACGUGUUGCGUGCAGUUUUCUGUGCUGCGGCUGCCUACAAAAGUUGCGGGUAUACAAAGAAGUUGCAUAGCUAUUCACACGGUGUGUGCAGUUUUGGCAUCAGCCGCUGCAUUUUACUGCUUCCUGUGCUGCGCUUCCUCUGCUGUUCGACAUCAUUUUUAAGAAGUCGUGGUCGUGAACGUGUCUCCUAAAAAGUGAACGAAUGGUGGCCGAAAAGUGCAAAGCUGCAGCAUGUCUUGCGGUAAUCUUGCUCUACAGGAGAAAAAGAAGAAAACAACGAACUAAAAGAAAAAUUUGGGUACGAGAGUGGAUCCAAAAAAGAGAAGAAUCUGGAGUCGUUGCCAAUUUGCUGCAAGAGUUAAGACUAGGUGAUGAAACCUUCUAUCGAAACUUUUUAAGGAUGUCAGUCACAGAUUUCGACUAUCUGUUAAAUAAAGUAUCGCCUCUCAUAACAAAACAAGAUACGUUAAUGAGACGAGCUAUUACACCAACUGAACGGUUAAUCGUGACAUUGCGAUAUUUAGCAACUGGUGAUAGCUAUAAAUCUUUAAUGUACUUAUUCCGCAUACCAGCUAAUACAAUUUCAACAAUCAUACCGGAAGUUUGCCAAGCAAUUUAUAAUGUUUUGAAAGACGAAUAUUUAAAAAUACCGGAUACAGAAGACGAAUGGAAGCAAGUUUCUCGUCACUUUGCUGAGAAAUGGAAUUUUCCCAAUUGCUUGGGAGCUAUAGAUGGGAAGCACAUAAAUAUCAAAGCGCCACCAAAUAGUGGAAGUCUAUAUUUUAACUACAAACAAGCGCAUAGCAUUAUUCUCAUGGGUUUAGCCAAUGCCAAUUACAAAUUUUUGUAUAUUAACAUUGGCGCUCCUGGUCGCGAUUCAGAUGGCGGCGUUUACAUGAAUUGUUCAUUAUCACAAGCGCUGGAAAACAACACACUCAACAUCCCAGAAUCAACACCAUUGCCAGGGAGAAAACAACCUAUCCCCUAUGUUGUUGUUGCAGAUGAUGCAUUUGCAUUAAAACCGUAUAUGCUGAAACCAUUUGCUUUCAAAAGUCAAAGUGUACCAGAACGUAUUUUUAACUAUCCUCUCUCGAGCCCGAAGAAUAAUUGAAAAUGUUUUUGGAAUUGCUUCAGCCCGUUUUCGAGUUCUCCGAAGAACUAUGGAACUAUCUCCACCCAAAGUGAAAAUAAUUGUCAGUGCUGUGUGUGUAUUACAUAAUUUUUUGAUGUCUCGAAAACGUUCUUCAGCAGUAUAUGCACCAUUAGGUACUUUUGAUACAGACAACGAGGACGGUACAAUCACGUUAGGCACAUGGCGUAAUACCGAAGCAGUUGUUCUGGAGCCUCUGCAAAGAACUACAGUGCCUAGAAAUGCUACUAUGGCGGCAAAAAUGAUUCGAGACGAGUUUAAAGAAUAUUUCUGUCGAGAGGGAGAAGUUCCCUGGCAACGGUAUUAUAUU